GGCGAGAUAUCACUAGCGUAUUGAAUAAGUCGCCGUUCUUCUGGACAAUUUUGAACCGUACUCAGCCCUUUAAAACAGAUAGCAUUUUCCAAUGGAUCCUGUAGUAAUCCCAGUCAGCAAAGGUCAGCUUAACGGUGUGAUCAAUGGUCAGCUUAAUUGCAUAAUUACUGAUCAAAUGAAUGGUGCGAUCAAUGAUCAGCUUAAUGGCGUAAUUACUGAUCAACUGAAUUGUGUGAUCAACGGUCAGGUGAAUGGCAUGAGCAUUGAUCAGGCAAACAAUGUUGGCAACAGUAACGGUGAUACUGAGUCGGAGGUCAGCGAUCAUCCCGGCUCACUCAGUAAUGGCGUCGCCCCACCGUGCCACGUUCUCGUCACAGGUGGCGCCGGCUACCUGGGCUCGAUGCUCGUGCCGAUGCUGCUGCAAGCCGGCUACCACGUCACCGUCUACGACAUCUUCGCGUUUGGCGUAGCGCCGCUGCUGAGCGUCGCCAGCGACCCGCGGCUGCGGCUCGUGCGCGGCGACGUGUGCGACGAGCCGCACCUGGCGGCGACGAUGCGCGCGUGCGACGUCAUCAUUCACCUGGCGGCGGUCGUCGGCUACCCGGCGUGCAUGGCGGCGCCGGAGCGCGCGGCGCGCAUCAACGAGGAGGGCACGCGCGCCGUUACGCGUCACCUGCAGCCGCACCACAAGCUCAUCUACGCGUCGACGGGCUCGUGCUACGGCGCCGUCGAUGGCGUCUGCACGGAGGAGACGGCGAUCAGCCCGCUGACGCUGUACGGCCGCACGAAGGCGACGGGGGAGCGGCUCGUGCUGGAGGCUGGCGGCGUCGCGCUGCGCCUCGCCACCGUCUUCGGGCUGUCGCCGCGGCUGCGCCUCGACCUGCUCGUCAACGACCUGACGUGCCGCGCGCUCACCAUCAAGCACUUUGCGCUGUACGAGGGCGGCUUCCGGCGCACGUUCCUGCACAUCCGCGACGCGGCGCGCGCGUUCAUGCUCGCCGUCAGCGACUACGGCAAGAUGGCCGGCCGGCCGUUCAACGUCGGCGACGAGCGGCUGAACAUGUGCAAGGCGGACGUCGCGGCGAUCAUCCAGCGGCUCGUUGCCGGAUGCGUGAUCACGGCGUCGAGCGACGGCGAGGACAAGGACAAGCGCGACUACGAGGUGUCGUACGCGCGCAUCCGCAGCCUCGGCUUCCGCUCAACGCUCACGAUCCAGGACGGUGUCAGCGAGCUGCUGAAGGUGCUGCCGUGCGCAUCGAGUGGCGACCUCGCCAACUCGAAGAACGUGUGACGGUGGCGCCCUCCCCUGUUAGGCAUCGUAACCAAAGGUUCAUGCCAAUCUGCCUGUUGCGAUGGUAUUUUGGGGGGAAGGAGGACUGUGAUGCAAAUUGCAUUUUCUUGCCAUGGUGUAAAGGUCAAGCAUUUUAUUUCCUUUCGUCACAUUCUAUCGUAGGAUUAUGUUGUGGCCUUUGAAUCCUAGUCUGUGCAUGCACCCGCUUGCCUAACACUUCUUACAUAUGCUGGCUGCACGUGUAUAAGUGGAAAUAGAGGCAUAUAUUUAAAGAGCUUUUUCUUACAAAACACAUGUUCAUGUAUGCACAAGUGUGCAUAAACACUUACCAUACACAGUCCUUGCGAAAAGCGUCGGACCGGCGGACAAAACCGGUGAUUUUUGCACGGGUCGGACAAGAAAUUUGGCUUUACCAGACCGUGUGUCUGGUAACAUUAUAUCAACUAAUUAUGCAGAGGCUACGGGUACGCCAGUACCACACACUAUGCCUAACUCUAAUAUCCCUGCCUAUGGCUAUCUUAUAUACGCGUGUACCAAAUUAAUCUAUGGUGUGGGAAAGCGAUAGGAAGAGAUUAGCUGUUA